AAAGAGCAAGAAAUUGAUUUGUUUGUCCAACUCCACUUGUGUACUUCUCUGCCUUAUGCUUCCAUUUUCACUUUGUGCAAAGCUCUCUGUUCCUUUUGGCUUUGUUUAACUAUUCAUUUCUCCAAGUUUUAUCCUUCGUAGGGGUGGAUUUGUCGCAAUAACUCAUUACCCAACAAGGGAAAAACAAGGAGAGAAGCUAUAUCUUUGAUUUCCCUCAUUUUCUCGCGAAACAGACAGAAAAUUUCUGCAAUUGGUUAAAAAAAAAACCCCAUUCCCUACCAGGUACCUUUCUUUCCACUUUUAGAGUUGAUCCCUUGUGAAAUAGCUUGAUAACCAAUGAUUGCCAAACCUUAGGAUAUCCAAUUUGUUGGGUUACAUCAUUUUCCUUAGAAAUCCAAAAAUGUAUGAGUUUUCAAUGGGAAAAUAAAUGCUUAAUACCAUUACCGUGAAGAAAGUUAGUCCCUAUUGAUACCCGACACAAUGCGGGAGCAGACAGAAAUUAUUGUUGAAAAGAGAGGAGGUAAUGCUAUCAUCCGCUAGAAAUGCAAGUCCAACCCUAAGAACAGCCCAUUUUCUGAAUCCCACUCGUGCUUCUACUAAAGCACUAGUCCCCAAAAACCCUUUCACUCUGGCCCUCUACUUUGCCUCCCACUUUUGAUCCUGAAAAUUGGCCAAUGGAUGCGACUUUCUAUGGUUGGCAAGACCCAACAGCGAAUUGGAAAUCAUGGGUUCGUCACAUGGAAGGUAUGUAUGAGCCUGUGUGGAAAAGGGCAGGCAUUUAUUCAGCAAUCUUGAGUUCUACUUACAGAGUUCAAAGAGACUAUGACUUGAUCAUGGGCCUUGCCGAAAAAUGAUGUCCUGAGACCAACACAUUUAACUUUCCAUGGGCAGAAGCAACUGUGACACUAGAAGAUGUGAUGAUUUUGGGAGGGUCCCCUGUUUUAGGGUCCCCUGUUUUUUCAUGCUCUCGUGAAAUCAGGGAACAUAAAGAAAUUGAAGAUAUACUGAAAGAAGCUAGAAGUGAAGUAGGAAGGGGAUUAACUCGUGGGGUCUGCCAAAUUGGAUGGAUGGAAGAGUUUAUGUUUAGUGGCAGUGAAAUAGAGCACGAAGCAUUUCUUUCAUUGUGGUUGGAAAUGUUUGUUUUCCAUGAUUCUGAGAACACACUUAGAGAUUGUAUAUUUCCUAUUGCAAUCCAUUUAGCGGAAGGGGAACUUGUUGCGCUUGCUCCUGCAGUUCUGGCUAGCAUAUAUAGAGAUUUGGGUUUGUUAAAAGCACAAAUCGUUGCUGUUACUGAGUUUAGGAGAAGAGACUAUGCUGAUAUAUUAGCAGUUGCUCUAUGGUCGCCACUUCAUUUGGUUCAACUUUGGGCAUGGGAGAGAUUUCCAGCCUUCCAGCCACGGGCCAGUUCUAUCAGAAACGGUGAACCCAGAUCAGCUCUAUGGGACAAAGUCAAAAGCAGGAAAGUUGAGAAUGUGAGGUUCGUGUUGGACUCAGCAACAGAGACUUUUCGCUGGCGGCCUUAUGCCACAGGAAGAUAUAGUUUUGAAUUUUACAAAGAGAAAGAAGAAUGGCGAGAACUGGGAUCAAAUCAAGAUUUGUUGUCAUUUGCUUUAUGCUUGAGAGUGUCUGAGCUAGUUGGUAUAGGUUGUAUUGAACGAUAUCUUCCCCAUCGAGUGGCAAGGCAGUUUGGAUUCGAUCAGGAUAUUCCUUGUGACAUUGCUAAAUCUAACGGCAUCCCAGAACUUGCUUGGAUCAAUUACAUUAGGCCAUUUAGUGUUACCAAAUUGCUUGUUCCAUCUCCAUUCUUUGUGCCUGAUUUUACUAUAAAAUACUUGAGGUGGUGGAAACAGUCAGGGUUGGAUUCGCAUGAUCUGCUCAAGAAUGCGAUAAUUGCCGCUGUGCGAAGAAAAAGAAGCUCAAGGAAAAGAUCAAAAGGACUGCCAAAGGCUUGGAUAGGGAAGAAGGGAGAUAAUAAUGCAGGUAUUGUUCCUAGUCCUUCCAAUGCAAAAGCAAAUAAUGGAGCUCUGUCUGAGGUGAAGUCACUACAGAAACCAGUAGAAUGCAUUAUGAAUCUCAAUACUGAAAUAGGCAGACCAGUAAGAGCUUUGGAAAAUCAAGCUGGGAUUCCAGCUUGCCAUACUCCUAGCAAGAGUAGAGGUGGAGGAGAAAACAAUGUGUUUGAGGUACCAGGAUUGGCACUUGAAUCUCGGAUUGCCAUACUUGAGAAAGCUAUUGCUGAGCUAAAAGGUGCAAGAUUUGGCAGCAGGUUUGAGAAAAUUUGUUCAUAAAAGGGCUCCUACCGACUGUUUAGGGCAUAGCAGUUCAAAGUAUUUACUUGCUUUAGUUUAUUUGGUUCAGUGCAUGGUGUAUUAAGAAACGUUAAACUCUGUAAAUGUAACGGCAGAUUUGAGUACAUUAGCAUAGUAUCUGGUACAGGAAAGAACAGAAUCCCACGGAGUUACAGCAAUAUGGAAAGCACAAAAGAAAGAAAUUAAAAUGCUCUAAUACAGUAUAUGCGAU